GCGCCCAGUCUCAAAACGCUCUUCCUGGUUUGAACUGAAUGUCAAGACGCUUGGCUACAAAUUGUCAAACAACUCCAAAACAGCCUAGUCAGAGGAGGAUGGAGCCACGAAUGAGAUUCCAGUAGCUUAAGGACCAUUUUAGAUUUUGUAAACCUUGGCUUUGCACAAUGAAAAACGAAUGAGAGGUUUUGAGAGACAACUGUAAAACAUUCAGAAAAGCGUAUCAUCGCAGCUACAGCUGGCUAGCUUUACAGAAGUGAACUAUCUUGAAGAAAACAAUGGAGAGCAAGGACAAAGUUCAAAUGAGGACACACCCACGAAGGCAGUUAAAGAAGCUCAGUGAAGACAGUUUAACCAAGCAGCCAGAGGAGGUCUUUGAUGUGCUAGAGAAACUUGGCGAAGGGUCCUAUGGCUGCGUCUUUAAGGCCAACUAUAAAGAGACGGGGGAGAUUGUGGCCAUCAAGCAGGUCCCUGUGGAGUCCGACCUGCAGGAGAUCAUCAAAGAGAUCUCCAUUAUGCAGCAGUGUAACAGUCCCCAUGUUGUGAGGUACUACGGCAGUUAUUUUAAGAACAGUGACCUGUGGAUCGUGAUGGAGUACUGCGCAGCUGGCUCGGUCUCUGACAUCAUUCGCCUGCGCAACAAAACGCUAACAGAGGAUGAGAUCGCGACCAUAGUGCAGUCCACACUGAAGGGACUGGAGUACCUGCACUUUAUGAGAAAGAUCCACAGAGACAUCAAGGCAGGGAACAUCCUGCUCAACGCAGAGGGCCAGGCCAAGCUGGCUGACUUUGGGGUGGCGGGACAGCUGACAGAUACAAUGGCCAAGCGGAACACAGUGAUUGGCACUCCUUUCUGGAUGGCCCCCGAGGUGAUCCAGGAGAUUGGGUAUAACUGUGUGGCAGACAUCUGGUCCCUGGGCAUCACAGCCAUAGAGAUGGCAGAGGGAAAGCCUCCCUACGCAGACAUCCACCCUAUGAGGGCCAUAUUUAUGAUUCCUACCAAUCCUCCACCGACGUUCCGAAACCCAGACUUGUGGUCAGAGCCGUUCCAAGACUUUCUCACCCAGUGCCUGGUGAAGAACCCAGAGAACCGAGCCACUGCCACACAGCUUUUACAGAAUACGUUCAUUAAGACUGCUAAGCCCAGCAGCAUCCUCAGAGCUCUGAUCACAGAUGCCAUGGAAAUCAAACUGAAGAAUGUGGAGGCCGAGCAGAGAGAACAGGACCAAGAGGACGAAGACAACUCGGAUGAGGACGAGGUAGACCAGGGUACGAUGGUGAGGGCAGGCACGAGCGACAUGGGCACCGUCCGGGAGGCCGGUUCGUUAGCGGGCACGGUGAGGACCAUGAUCAAGCAGAGCGACAUGGGCACCAUGGAGUCUCAGCUGGGCACCAUGGUGAUCAACUCGGACGAUGACGAGGACGCCGGCACCAUGAAACGGAGAGAUGAGACCAUGCAGCCCGCCAAGCCGUCCUUCCUGGAGUACUUUGAGCAGAAAGAGAAGGAGGCCAACUGUCACAACGACAGCGGAGGAGACGCAGGACACAACCCUGACAACCGCAAACUGCCUGCGGAGGGGGAUCUAGAGGUGAUGCGAACAUGGAGUGUGGAGGAGCUGAGGUUACGGCUGGCCUCCCUUGACCCCCAGAUGGAGCAGGAGAUCAAGGACAUCCGCCAGUGCUACCUGGCCAAGCGCCAGCCCAUCCUGGACGCCAUCGAGGCCAAGAAGCGACUCCAGCAGAACAUCUGAGGCACUUUGGCAUGCCACACUCAAACCUCUUAAGUGGACUCUUGGUCAUUCACACUGGACAAUGACGUGGACAGAUUACUUCUGUUCAUUGCUUUGGACUCUACUUCAUUGCGGUUCUAGUCUUUUUCUUUAAAUGGAAACCACUUAAUGCUGCCAUGCAUGGAUGUUUUUGGGGGUUUUAACUUAUUGCGUUGUUUUGUUUCGUGCACUUGAGACUUCAAGUAUUAUUUUUUCACUCAUGUGGUACAAUUGUAUUAUCUUCCACUGUUGGUACUCCUGAAUCAACUGUGUAGCAUUGCUAAUUGGAAAUCGCUUUCAUACCAUACACUGUAUCAUUUUGUGUGUUUUUCUAUUACCACUUUUGUGUAAUUUGGUACUUAUUCCUUAAUUUGUAUUUAGGUUCCCCAUACUAGCCUAUUAAUUUUGCAGCGCAGUACAUUAUCCAGCCAAAGGGAAGAACCUGAAUUUAAUUCAAUAGAUAGUACCUCAGCCUUGGUUGAAUGCAUGUGCCUCAAUAAAAACCAAUUUCUAACUUCAGAUACGUGCAUAUCUGUUGUCAAUGGACGAUUUUAAGAAAACGUCAAGUUUCAUGCUCAUAUCAGAAUUUUUUUAUUUUAGAGACAUUACAAUGAGAGAAUGUACAAAAAGGUACAAGGCAUAACCGGUUAAAAGGUGUUUGAAAAAUGUAAGUGAAACCUUGUUUUUGUGUUAAACCACGGUGCACUUCGUUCAUUGUUAUUUACUUCUCUAUUUUUGUUCAUAACUCAUCAACAUUCCAUAGAGCAGCUUGUACUUAUUUUUUUAACAUUCAAACUUUUGGUAUAUAUAAGGGGCAAUCAUUUUGUAUAUAUAGUUUAGCAGUUAUCCUUAGGAGGAAGAAACAUUUUGCAUUUGUUCUGCUACAGAAAUUUGCAUCAGUGUGCAAACUAGGCUCUCAGGUCAGAUAUUCUCAGGAUAUUAAUUAAGAAAUGUAUCGAAAUAACUCAGUUUAAUGACCAAUAAGCACAAUUUAGUUAUCUGAAAAUAUGACUUGUUACAAGCAAAAAGGGAAUGUAUUUAAUUGCCUUAUCCUGCCUACUUAUUCGUUUUUUGCAUUAUUAAUUGGAAUAAUGAUCUAUGUCAAUUGUUUUUUUUAAUGAAUUACAAUUAUUUAAUUACUGUAGGUUUAUAACUCCUCAAACCUUUAACAUAUCACUCAAUCUAAACCUGCUCUGUUGAUCUGAUUUAUAUUUAUUUGAGAUUCAUCACAUUGUUACAACCAUUGUUUCUGAGUAACGUUCUAUAGGCAGGCUAUGUUUUUGUCUCUUAUAUUGAAAGGCAUUCAUUGAAGUUGCAAUCUCUGUAAAGCAUUUCAGACCUGUAAUAUGAAUGAAGAACUGGUGUCUACUCUAAAAUCGCCACCGGUCCAUAAAUGUAGUAUUCAUUCCAAGAAAAUGGUUUUCAAAUUUCCAUGCCUUAAAUUAUGCAAUGAAAGUCAUGCAUGUGUUAAAUAUCAGUGUUUGAUUUGUGUAUUUGUUGCGUGCCUAUUAAAACCAAUUUGUGUUUUUUUA